GAAAAAUGAAUAUCUGACUAUGUCAUAAACAUGCAGAUAGAGCAUUUACAAUUUCAGUUAAAGGCACUGCUAUACUACGGCAAGGGGACAGUGUUACUUUUAAAAUCAAAUAACUUGAAAGCUAGCCUGAAAUUGAACACUGCUAAAACAACUUUUGCUUUGUCAUACAGCCCCUCUGGUUAGCCUCUCCCUAUACCGUGGUAUGUCAUCAAGAUAGAACCAGAGAGGAUAACCAGAUAAAGGCUUUGUUAACAGAUCAUAAUUCGGGUUUUAUGUUGUUCUUUUUAAAAUUAACUGUCUAUUGUUGUAGGCACUUGAAGCUUCCAACCUUGUGAGCCAGCGAGUUGCCUCAAUGACGUCAUCACUUUUUCUGCGGUUAUUUUUCCGUUUGAAUGUAAACACAAUUUACGUGCAAUUUGUUGUUUUUGCUGAUUGAAAGACCAGGUGUUUUAAAUCUGUGAACAGUGUAAGAGACUUUUUGUUUUAAUUUGAUGAAAAGUAAUGAUGUACCGAUCAUUUGUUUUUUACCUACUGUAUGUGUAAGGUAGGUUUAAACAGCAAAAACAAGUAGUAGGAAUUUACAAUAAUUGCAAUGAGUUGAUAUUGAUUACAUAAAAAUGGAUUGGGAAAUUCCCUUGUCUGUAUUUUAUUUUUGUAUGCAUGUGUUUCCAGAGACCGGCGUAUGCUCAGAUUGAGUCUGCAGCAAGGAAUUUGCUGACACUUUUAACAGCAACAGUUCAGACUCCAGGCCAGAAUCAGCAAGCUCAGGUUGAAAAUCAGGGUCCAUCUCCAAGUCAGGAACUACCACUGAGACAGGCUAAUGUCCAGCAAGAGAUGACAAAGUUAGAAAUUAUGACUUUACAUAUUAACGUGACUACAAUGUUUAUCUGUUGGUUGGUUGGGUUUUGUGUGCUAUAUUUUAUCAUUUUCUUCACAGGUCUUUUCCUGGUCUUCUCAGACAAGAAAGGACGAGUGGAAAACGGAGAUUUCCUGCACCACUCAGAAUUUGUUCACCAGCCCCCACAAAGACCACAAAUCUCCAAUUUUUUUUGCUACCAAGACCCAUGACCAGAACUCCAGAAGGGUCCCAGGAGCUCAAGAUGUUAAUGGCAGGCCUAGGUAAACGCCUGAUAUCGCUGGCUGAGCACGGCAGUCAUGCAGAGAUUUCAGCAGCCCUUCAAGCUGAAUACCCUAAACUGGAGACCUUGGCUGGUGGAUGGAUGUUUUACAAGGCAGCAGGAGGAAGUGGCCAGAGAAAACUUACUUUAAUCCCACCCGAGUCUGAAGUCUAUACUGUCAAACUUCUAAAGACUGCAUCCAGUAAUGGAAGACACGUGAUUUUCAUCAUUCCACUUCAAGAAGAAAUCAACACAGAGCCACUACCUGCUAAUGCUCCAGAGUUCAGCAAAAUGCCAAAAUCUCAAUGCAAAACCUGUGGGGAAAUUUUACCUCUACAAGUUCUUGCUCUGCAUAUUGAGUCCUGUACCAAAGCAAUGGAAGACUGUGAAGAAGAAUCUGAUGAGGCUGCUGAACCAAGAGAUGACCAUGAGGACCAGGAAGUGUCUUUUGUUAACAGCGUUCAUAACAACAAAUCCACCGAAACAGUAUGUCCUAUAUGCCAAGGAGAAUACCCUGCUGAUGUCAUUGAGAUGCAUGCAAGUGGCUGCAGUGAAAGGCCAUCAACUGUGGACGUACCUCCAUUUGACAGAACAAUGGAUGAUGCAAUAUUAGAAGCACUACCUGGUCCAUCUUCACAGGCUACAUCAUUUCAAAAUCAUCCAGCAAGUUAUGAAGGAUCUUCUGAUACUGGCAACAAAACAGAGGAUUGGAAGAUAAUACCCAACCAGGACAGGGCUGCUUGGCUGUACAGAGAGACAGUGCUUAACAUGCACAGAUCAGGGAAGCCACUGUAUUUGCAUAUUGACCUCAGAACGUCCAGCUCAGAACAAGACUUUGCAUUUGUUACAUUUUACAAAGCAUCCAGUGUUGAGUGGGCAAAUCCUUUGCAAUGCAGACUUGAAGGUGACCCUGCACUCGGGGAGGGUGUGAACCGCUUCGUGGUAUCCAGAGUCAUGCAGAGGCUGAAAGAUGGUUUCAACAUGAAUUUUGGAAAUGCUUGUGUAACAAGGCUAUUUGAUGGAGAACCGGACCACCUUGUGCCUUCCUCCUCUGCAUUUCUGGUUGAGAGUGACCUAUUUCUAAUGGCAGGCAGAAUGAUUGGCCAUUGCUUUUUGCAAGGCGGGCCUCCACUGACAGGCCUUAGUCCUGCUAUUGUCCACAUUUUGUGUGGAGGGACACCUGAAACUGCAGUCAUUGGGAUCAAUGACUGCCCAGACAUUGAUCUGAGAGAGAAAAUUACAUUGCUUGAAGGGAGUUCUGAACUCUCCGCUGAUGAAAAGGAGAAAGUUGACUCUCUGUGUCUAGCAUGGGAUCUCCCUCUGAUGACAAGUGGCAACCGAAGAUGGCUCUUUGAAAGGCUUCUGCAUCAUGCUGUAAUUGGACGAGUUUUGAGGCAAAUUAAGCAAAUAAGAAAGGGCCUCAAAGAGACCUGUCUGUGGACCCUGAUCCGUGAACGUCCAGAUGCGGCUCAAAUUAUCUUCCCACGGGAGUCAAGUGCUGUGUUGACCCCAGAGAGCAUUCUGGAUCGCAUCAGAUGGCCAACCAUGACUGACGACAACGAUGACGAUGACGAUUGCAGUGUGGAAGAGAAAAGCCGUGUCACGGGGUAUCUUCGUCAGUUCAUUCAAAAUGCAUCCACGGAUGAACUGAAGGCCCUCAUAAAGUUCUGGGUUGGAUGCGAGGCUCCUACACAAAGUCUCAACGUGGAAAUUAGUCACAGUAGUCUACCCAGGGCAUCAACGUGCUUCGAGACACUCCGGCUUCCAUCACACUACAAAGAAUUUGAAAAAUUCAAGAAAGACUUGAUGGCGUCUGUAAAUACACAUGACACGGGAUUUGGGCUUGUUUAAACAUAGUGUUAACAUUUUACAGUUUUAGUUGCCAGCAUUUUGUUCAUAGCCUUGAAUGGAGCCUUUUAGGCUGAACAGUAAAAAAAAAGGCAUGUUUUAUUUUGUUAUAAACGUGCUGUCCUGUCUUGCGUGUAGACAUUUUUCAUAUCCGGUUAUUGGCUUCAUCCAUUUCAGACAGUUUUAUGGAAAAAGCCUGUAGAAGUUCUGUCUUAAUAUGAACAAUAAAAACAAGCCUUGUGGAAA